UUAUCACACACACUCUCACACACACACACACACUCUCACGGCACCGGCGCGACUCUCUGCAACAGGUGAACUAACCUUGCGCGUGCACACACACACACACACAUACGGCAGCUAUCAUGGGGAAUCAACAGCAGUCAUGUCGCAUAAUUGUCCCAGUUGCCAUGUUAUUAUUGGCGACUGUUGGCAUUCUUCUGCUCGCCAUCAACACCGAGGACGUGAAGGAACCCCCACAGUACAUGUACGGAAUCGUCCUGGACGCAGGAUCCUCCCAUACGGCCAUGUUUAUCUACAAAUGGCCUGCGGACAAACAGAACGACACAGGCAUCGUCAGCCAGCACAGCGAGUGCCAUGUGGAGGGUAGAGGAAUAUCGAGCUAUAAGGAUCAGAAAGGAGGAGCUGCCCAUAGCCUGGAGAGCUGCAUGGAGCAGGCCAUGAAGGACAUUCCCAAGGCUAGGCAUCAGGUCACGCCUUUGUAUCUUGGAGCCACGGCUGGCAUGAGACUACUGAACAUUUCUCAGCCCAAAGUGUCCGACAAGAUUUUGAAGGAAGUAGAAGAAAAGCUGAAGAGCUAUCCAUUCCGUUUCAAAGGGGCCAGUAUAUUGACAGGGCAAGAGGAGGGCGCGUACGGCUGGGUCACUGUCAACUACCUGUUGGAGAACUUUAUCAAGUACGGGUUUGUAGGGCGCUGGCUGUCCCCUGGCAAAGAGACGGUCGGUGCACUAGAUUUCGGCGGUGCCUCUACACAGAUUACCUUCGAGACCAAGGAAAAUGUGGAGGACAAGAGCAACCAGAUGACUCUGCAGCUGUACGGCAAAAACUACAGCAUCUACACUCAAAGCUUCCUGUGCUACGGCCGGGACCAGAUGCUAGGCCAGCUGCUGGCUCACCUGAUUAAGUCUCAGGGCACAAACGGACUCAUAGUCCAUCCUUGUUACCCAGAGGGUUACAACGUGUCCAAGACACUGGACGAGUUGUUCGAUUCUCCUUGCACGGCACCCAGCAAGCCCUCUCUGUUUAAUGAAGCCAAGCAGCUUAACAUUGUAGGCUCAGGGAACUACAACCACUGCCUGAAGAACAUGUCCCAGAUCUUCUCUUUCAACACCUGCUCCUACUCCAAGUGCUCCUUCAAUAAUGUCUUCCAGCCCAAUGUUACCGGCAAAUUCAUGGCAUUUUCUGCUUUCUACUACAUUUACUCUUUCCUGCAGCAGGCCACAGGCAUCACCGUCACUUCCCCCAAGCUCCUUGAAGAAGCCGCCAUCAACGUCUGCAACAUGAGCUUCCAGGAGAUGCUGCACAAAGUUCCAGAUCAGAAAAACCGACUGCAGGACUACUGCUCAGCCUCCGUCUUCAUGCAGGUGCUCCUUCUGGAAGGCUACGGGUUUGAUCAGACCUCCUUCCCCCGCAUCUCCUUCCAGAAGAAGGCAGGAGACACCUCCAUUGGUUGGGCUCUUGGUUACAUCUUGAACCUCAGCAGCCUCCUGCCGUCUGAGAGCGUAUCCCUGAGAAAGGCUAUUUGUCCAGGAGCCUGGAGCAUGCUCGUGUUCCUCUUCACAUUCCUGCUCAUCCUAGCAGCCGUGUUUCUAAUAAUGACCAUGUGCUGCAAGAAGAAAGAAAGUAACAGUAUGCUGUAAUCAUGUCUGUUCAAAAAAAAAUUUGUUUUUAUGCACUGAAAAAAGCAAAGGGCUAUUUGUGAGAUCUUGAUAUUAGUAGGUCAGAUGACGUGAACAAGAAAUAUACACUGGUACUUCUAUAGGUUAGACAAUUUAGCAGAAAUGAUCAGUUUCAGUUUCAGCUGUAGGAAAAAACUAAGGAAUAUAUAUAUAUAUUUUAAAGAAAAC